CUAUGGCUUUCAUUGAGACUUAAUAAACCACAGUGAAACCAUUAGUUACUUCACGCCCAGCUAUGUAUUAAUGUAGCAACUGUAAUUAAACAUUUUAGUGCUGACAAAAAUCUCUGUACAGUUUUAAAUACCCAUUCUGAAUGGGUAGAAUGUUUUACUUUGAAGUUCUGUCGACGUUCUUGCGUUGCCAGAUUGGCGUGUGUGACUUGUUUGGCUGGACGUUGGGAGACACGCUGCCUUUCUUUUAACGCUUAAACCUGUGAGUUAAUAUAACCGAAUGGUGACCUGAUAGAGAUGGCCAAAACAGGGGUGUGUUGCGCCAGCCUGGAGGAGCCCAAGGCCCUGAUGAAGAUGGGCCUCAGCAUGGUGCUGGUGGGCCACGUCAACUUCCUGCUGGGGGCUCUGGUGCACGGUGUGGUGCUCCGGCACAUCAACCUCCACAAGCAGGCCCGCGCCAUGGAGUACGCCAUCUCCAAUGUGGUGGCUCUCACGUCUGGACUAGUGGGAAUCGUCGUUGGGAUUCUCGGUAUUGUCCUGUCGAAAAACAAGAAAAGCAGAGGUCUGACGUGGUCCCUGUUCAGUGUGAGCCUGGCGUCGUCGCUCCUGGCGGCGGCGUCCGCCAUCGGCCUCCUGGUGUCCGUGGUGAGGGCCAUAAUGCACGGCGGGCGGAGCCUGCUGACGCACUGCCGCUUCCCUGACGCCAUCGGCUACUCCAGCAUCACCAACGAAUGUCCUUUCGACCCCACGCGCAUCUAUAGCACCACUCUGAUCCUUUGGGUGCCGCUCAUCGUGACUUGUGGGCUCCAGCUGAUCUUUUCUGCCCGCCUCUUCUCCGUUUGCGUCUCCUUCCUGGGUCUGGCCUGCCGGCCGCGAAGGAGGCGGCCCAGAGAGGCCCGAGCGGUGAUCAGAGCGGUAAGGUCGCUGGAGGAACUGGAUGAAUCCCGUGUCAACAAAGCAAAGCGGCACGACGAAACUCCCCCUCCACUCCCCAACAAGCGCUACACCGAAGCCCCGAGAAGCUACAGUGAAUCCAAAAGAUCGGCGUCACAACCGGUCCGGCAACAGCGGGCCAGGCUCCCCCGCAAUACCACAGGAGCCUCCCCCCCGCAGAGAGGCUGCCUCUUCGCCAGAAGCCUCGCUGGGAAAGCUCGCCGAGGCCCGACGCCCCACAAGGGAGCCAGCGGCGGCCUCCGGAACAACGCCACCUGCUGGAGAGGGGCGCUCUGGAACGAUCCAGUUUCUGGAUAUAGUCUGAAGGACAAGGACUGCUUUUUAUUUCACUCUGGACCUCAACUUUUACGCAUUGACCACUUCAUUUGGUGCACUUGCAAAAUCUGUUCCCAUUAAAUGCGAACAUUCUGUCUGCCCUUUUGUCAUCGAGACUCAUUCCAGUUUUUGCAGGACCUUCGGACCGAGGGCUGUACUUUUUUUUUUUAUUAUUUUUUU